AUGAAAAGGGGGAAAGGAGAAGACGGCUCCAAAUCGAUAGAUAGGAUAUCCGAGUUGCCACAAUGUAUCUUGCAGAGAAUACUGUAUUUCAUGUCCCAAGAAGACGCUGUUCGAACAUCUGUCCUGUCCAAAUCAUGGCGUGAAAUUUGGUGUACGCGCCCCAAUCUUGAUUUGUCAGACGCAACCUUCAAAGGAAACAAUGGUGAAUUUAUAUCUGUUCUCGAAAACACUUUACGGCGAUACUGUGAACAAAGGUUGUCCUUGGAUGAGUGUAGCCUUUCUUGUACAUCGUUCGAUAGUACAUCUGUUUCGCUUAUCGAAAAAUGGAUCCCAUUAAUCACAAGUGCGGGUGUGAAGAACUUCCGUCUUUCUAUUGUUCCGGCACAUUUCGGACAUGUUAAACUGCCCUCUGUAGUCUUUGAGACCGAAUCGCUCCGAGAUUUGCACGUUGAAAGAUUCAUCUUGGACCAAAAGGCUAUUGAAAAGACAGUUCUGUUUAAGCAUCUGAAAAAACUUCGUCUCGAACAAGUAUGCAUUCACGACAGGAUUUUUCAGAAGAUAAUCUCAAGUUGUCCUUUGAUUGAAACUAUGUUUCUCAAAUCAUGCAACACGAUAAGAAGCAUCAAGGCGAGUAAUCUUCGUCGUCUCAAGGACUUUUAUUUUUCAUCAUGGUCGGACGAAGAAGAUUGUAGCAUCGAAAUCUAUCCAACAUCUAUUGAAACCAUUCAGAUCGAGUCCGGUAAUAUUUUGCUUCACCAAGGAUCCAACUUUCUUAAUCUCACUAGUUUAUUUCUAGAUCAUGUCACACUGUCGUCGUUGGACCACUUUUCUUCGUGUAAAUUCCCAAGUCUAGAAAAUGUGGCUAUUUUGUAUUGCAACGGACUCGAAGAGUCCUUAGAAGAAUCCCACCUACAUAUUGAUGCCCCAAACAUAAGCACUUUUGGGUAUCAUGGAUUGCUUAUCCCAUCCAUCUCGUUCGCAACAACUUCGACAGAGUGGAGUUCGUGUUUAUACCUGCUUAUGAGGAGUGAUCCUUCUUUUUGGUUACUCAAGCUUCAUAAACUGCUCGAUUCGCUAAGGCAAUCUGAAAUUUCCGUCACUAUUCAUCAGUUUCGCAUGAAUGAUGAGGACAUAUUUCAAGAAAACCUUGAUCUUGUACAAGAUAUUAAAGGUGGAAAUAAACCUGCAGUUCCGCUGGAGGAUUUAAAACUGCAAGGCGAUUUAUCUUAUUUUUCACCUCUUUUGAAUGGGUUGUUUUGCAUUUGUCGUCCGAGAAAAAUCGGUGCAAUCAACUACAUGAACGCCGAGUCCGUCUUGAAGAAUCUAAUGCAGGGAGAAAAUGGGAAUUAUCAAGAUCAAUUAAGACAAUUGUGGUUGCCGGAUUUGGAGGAAGUAAGCUUGGAGAUUUACGACAAGAAUCGGAGGGAAUGGGAUCCGACAAGUUUGUCAGAUUUGCCGGACUAUGAGGUUGGGAAACGUAUUUCUACUCGCUUUGCAUUGAAAUGGAGGGAAAGUUUGUGA